AUGUUUGGCCAGAACCAGAAUCAGAACAUGGGGUUCAACUUUGCCGCCCCACAAGCUCCGGCUACGGCGGCAUCAAGUUCUACCGGCUUUGCAUUCGCAAAUUCAGCUACUACAGCGAGUGUUCCGUCUUUUGGCGCAACUUCUCCUCCUCCUGCUUCUACUGCUACUUUUGCAGCCCCCGCUUUCGGCAGCAACACCCUAGGUUCAUUGACAAGCUUUGGAAGUCCAGCGGGUGCCACAGGCUUUAACUUUGCCGCCCCAAAACCCACAACGGCACCAAGCUUUACCGGACUUGGUUUUACCAGUCCAACUACGACAGCGAGUGUACCGUCUUUUGGCGCUACUUCUCCUCUUGCUUCGACUGCUACGUUUGCAGCCCCCGCUCUAGGUAGCAACACUUUAAGUUCAUUGUCAGGCUUUGGCAAUCAAACAAGUGUCCCUAGCUUUGGCAAUCAGGCAAGUGCCACUGGCUUUAACUUUGCCGCUCCACGCCCUGCGGCGGCAUCAAGCUUUACCGGAGUUGGUUUUGCAAGUCCAGCUACCACAACAAGUGCAUCGUCCUUUGGUCUUUCCGCGGCGACUGCUACAACUACUGCAACUACAGCAUUUGCAGCCCCAGCUUUUGGUAGCAACACCUUAAGUUCAUUGUCAAGCUUUGGCAGCCAAGCGGGUGCCACUGGCUUUAACUUUGCCACCCCACGCCCCUCAACAGCCUCAAGCUUAACCGGCGUUGGUUUUGCCAAUUCCGCUACCACAGCGAGUGUACCGUCUUUUGGUGCUACAGCUCCUCCUGCUUCAACUGCAACGUUUGCAGCACCCGCUCUAGGCAGCAACACUCUAAGCUCAUUGACAAGUUUCGGCAACCAAGCAAGUGUCACUAACUCAGCCAGCUCUACAACUACAACUACUACCACUUCAAGUGUAUCACUGAAACCAGCAACGGGAUUUUCAAUUACUUCUCUAGCGACGAGUUCAGCUCCUCAAACUACCACAGCGAGUGUACCGUCUUUUGGCGCUACUUCUCUUCCUGCGUCUACUGCUACUUUUGCAGCUCCCGCUUUCG